AUGAGUCAAGGGUUAGUACAGUUCUCCAAGUCCAAAGCAGCAGAAGAGGUGGCAGUGAUUGAACCGAUAACAAUUGUAUAUAGGAAGAAGAAGGUUGAAGAACCUCCCAAGAGAAUUCAGCCGAUUCAUUUCCGUGUUCCAACUCUAUUUCCGUAUCAGAAUACCAAGGCAGUGCCUUGGAAUUAUGAGACCACAACGUAUUUAGGAGGGAAAGAAAUCUGCAUUCCUGAUACAGAGAUCGUCAACAUCGCUGGAGCGGGAGGCAUGACUCGAAGUGGACGUGUAUUCGCUCCUAAAUACACUCCUAGGGUGUCUCCAGCACCCACAAUUGUCUCGCCUAAAGAGAUGGCAACUCCUACGCCGACUCCGCAGGCAGGGACAACUGUAUUCGCCACUCCGACCAUGGCGAAUGCUCCGGUAUUAAUGAAAGUUAUUGACAAUGAUAAAGUUCCAGAAGCCGAAGCAUCCAAGGGUAAAGGGUCGAUGGUUGAGAAAGAACAAUCUAAUGAUCACAAGAAGAGUAUCACCUUUGAGGAAAGUCAGGAAUUCCUCAAACUGAUCAAAAAGAGUGACUUCAAGAUUGUUGAACAGUUGAACCAAACGCCUUCUAAAAUAUCAAUUUUGUCUUUGUUGUUGAGUUCUGAGGAUCACCAUAAAGCAUUGCUGAAAGUUCUAAAUACCGCUCACGUGAUGCAAGAUAUCACGGUCGAUCAAUUUGACGACGUGGUUGCCAACAUCGCCGCCAGUAGGUAUCUGGGAUUUAAUGAAGCAGAGUUACCUCCUAAGGGAAAGGCCCACAAUAAAGCACUACAUAUUUCGGUCACAUGUACUGACUCUCUCUUAUCACGAGUCCUUGUUGAUACUGGAUCCUCGAUUAAUGUACUGCCAAAAUAUACAUUAAGCCAGUUACAGUUUAGGGGGCCUGAAAUGAGAACCAGUGCAUUGAUUGUCAGAGCUUUCGACGGUUCUCGAAGGCAGGUGAUUGGGGAGGUCGAUUUGCCUAUCUGUGUUGGACCACACCAGUUCGAUAUCACUUUCCAAGUCAUGGACAUCAACCCGACCUACAGUUGUUUGUUGGGCCAACCAUGGAUUCAUUCCGCUGGGGCAGUCACUUCUACUUUGCACCAGAAGUUGAAGUACUUGAUAGAUGACAAACUGGUAAUUGUGUGUGGGGAAGAGGAUUUGUUGGUUAGUGAACUCUCCUCCUUCAGAUAUGUUGAAACAGAUGAGGGGAUCGUCGAGGUUCUGCUUCACUGUCUAGAAUUUGAAGAUGUCAGUUCCGCCUCCGCCAACAACAAUCAAUCAUCCGCUACCAUCCUAUCCUCAGCGAAGAGUUCCAAGCAGACAUUGGAGAAAGGCCCGCUUCCCGGUUGGGGAAAGGUCGUCAAUGUGGCAGAAAAGAGCAACAGGUUUGGUAUCGGUUAUCACCCGGCAACACGCAAGGUGAGUCAAAAGAAAAAGCAGUUCAACCCGGUCAAGUUCAACAGCGUCGGUUAUCAGAGUGAGCAUACCAUGGCGGUCAUUGGAGAGUCUAGUGGUAACAAGCCAGGGGCACCCAACCUCGUUCGCAGAUGUCCUCCAGGAUUCAAGCUUUCGAGUUGGACGUCCACCGUGAUACCUAUGGUGUACUCAGAAAAAACGUAA